GCGCACAGCAUUAGAAGUAAACAGUAAUCCCUUUAAAUGGAUACUGUAUAUACAAAUAUUUGCUUUAGAUCCAUCACCAUACAGACAUAUUCACUUGUUAACUCUAUAACACGAAUUAUACAUCACGUGUCACAGUUAGCGGGCUAGCUUGUCGUUAACAAAAGACGAACAGGGAGGCAUGAAUGUUUUAUCCCAACUUAGCAAGUCGAAUGUGUGGAGGUGGAAAAUUUCGUCGUUCCAACAUGCAAAUGGACCAGUCCAAAGCAACAGAAAAAUCCAACAGUCUCUAUUUACACAAAUCUUUAAGCAACUCUAACACACUUUCACUCGGCAUACACUCGUCCUGUGCGUUUUCGGCCCAUUUGAGGUUACAGCGCUCCCUGCUGUUAGGAUUAGUGAUAAACUAAAAAAAAAAAAACAGACAGGAAAGACAAUUUGCUUGGAGAGCAUUCUAGAGAAAUUUUUUUCUAAGCUGUUUAUUUUUGUUACCCUUGUCCAUCUUUCCCAUGAUUGUGAACUUUGGAAUUCAAUCAUGUACAUGACUGGGUGCAUCAGCUGCCUGGUGGUUUUUAGCUGAUGGUGGUCUGUAGGUUGCGUGGCGUUAGAAGCGGAUCUACUUUCCGCCAACAGGGGGCGAUAUUUUACAGCGCUGCAGUCCCCGGAGCCUUGAGGGUCAGACUGGAAACGGCGCUGCAUCAAUAAUCCAGUGGCUUGAUAGGAAAAUGGAAAGAAUGAUGACUCAUAAGCAUCAACAAUCUCCUUUCUGAAGCCCUGAGAGAGCUCUUUGGAUCUCACCAUGGUGAUUCGUCUCACUUCAUCAAUUAAGAGCAAACCCAGCUAAAUGUCUGAGGUUUAAAUAAGAUGGAGACUUGGAGUAUAUGGUGUAUAAUGCUGAUCAGCUUGCUUCUUCCCAACUGCUCUGCCCACAAUGACUUCUAUACUUCUAUCGGCCAAAUGACAGAUCUGCUGUUUAUGGAGAAGGACCUGGUGACAUCUUUGAAAGACUAUAUCAAAGCAGAAGAGAGCAAGCUGGAACAGGUCAAACAUUGGGUUGAGAAAAUGGAGACACUAACAACAACUGCUACACAUGACCCUGAGGGUUUCCUUGGUCACCCAGUUAAUGCCUUCAAACUGAUGAAAAGACUGAACACAGAGUGGGCUGAAGUGGAAGACCUGGUGCUUAAAGACAUGUCUGAUGGAUUUAUCUCCAACCUAACCAUCCAACGGCAGUACUUUCCUAAUGAUGAAGAUCAGGCAGGAGCAGCCAAAGCUCUGCUCCGGCUUCAGGACACCUAUAAUCUAGAAACACAGGCUAUCUCCACUGGAGAUCUUCCUGGUUUGCCUACAGAUUUGCCAUAUAAGAGCACUCUGACAGUGGAGGACUGUUUUGAGUUGGGGAAGAUUGCGUACUCAGAGGCCGAUUACUAUCACACAGAGCUGUGGAUGACACAGGCUCUGAGACAGUUAGAUGAGGGUGAGGAGUCAAGCAUUGAUGCUGUGACCGUCCUGGACUACCUGAGCUACUCUGUUUACCAGCAGGGGGAACUAGAGAGAGCUCUGGAGCAUACGAAAAAAUUGCUGACACUAGAUGCAACUCAUCAGAGAGCCAAUGGCAACUUAAAGUACUUUGAAUACCAGCUGGCCAAGCAGAGAAAAGUGGAGAAGGAGCAGAGUGGAACAGAGGAGGAGAAAAAGGAUAGAGAAAAGAGAGAGGCAGAGAGGAAAAAGGAUUUCCAUACAGAGAGGAGGAAAUAUGAGCAACUUUGCAGAGGUGAAGGAAUCAGGCUGACCCCACGCAAACAGAGCCGACUGUUUUGCCGUUUCUACGACAACGACAGGCAUCCAUACUAUAUCCUGGGCCCUGUGAAACAAGAGGAUGAGUGGGACCAGCCAUGGAUUGUACGUUACCACAACAUCAUCAGUGAAUGGGAGAUGGAAAAAAUAAAGGAACUAGCCAAGCCCAGGCUGCGCCGAGCCACCAUUUCCAACCCGGUCACUGGUGUACUGGAGACUGCCCACUAUCGUGUCAGCAAGAGUGCCUGGUUAGCAGCCUAUGAGCACCCAGUGGUGGACCGCAUUAAUCAGAGAAUUGAGGAUCUUACAGGUUUGGAUGUUACCACAGCAGAGGAGCUACAGGUGGCUAAUUAUGGUGUAGGAGGCCAAUAUGAACCACACUUUGACUUUGGACGGAAAGACGAGCCAGACGCCUUUAAGGAACUGGGCACAGGGAAUCGCAUUGCCACCUGGCUCUUCUAUAUGAGUGAUGUGGCAGCAGGGGGUGCCACAGUAUUCCCUGAAGUAGGAGCAGCAGUAAAGCCAAUAAAGGGUACAGCAGUGUUCUGGUAUAACCUGUUUCCAAGUGGAGAGGGAGACUACAGCACAAGGCAUGCUGCAUGCCCUGUACUUAUGGGCAAUAAAUGGGUUUCAAACAAGUGGAUCCAUGAAAGAGGGCAGGAGUUCAGGCGGCCCUGUGGACUGCAUAAGAUAGACUGAUGAUAACCUCCGUCACCCUGACCUUCUCCUAGCUUGUGUCCAGUUUGUGGUUUAAGGCCUAUAAGUCCUGAUGAAACCCCCAGCCCCACCCACAUUUGCCUUUAACAAUCAACUUAGGUCUUGCCGUAUUUUUAUUUUUAUUUGAAUGAAUGUGUGUGUCUGCCAACAAAUUACUCUGAUGCCAUUGGUGCCUUUUAUCAUUGCUCAAAAUAGCUGCAGAGAAGAAAGCUGUCCCUCAUGACACUCCAUCUUUCCAGGUCUUAAUAUAGCUGAGGUACUAUAGGGAAAAUCUCAAAACUUCAAUAAAGUAUUCACACAGUACCAGAUUUAACUGAGCUCACAAAUCAGAAAAAGACAUUUCAAACCAAAACGUAUUUCAUCUAAACAUUUCUUGCACAAAACCUCUACACUCUGGAAUCCUAAAGUUGGAUUUUAGCUACGACUAUCAGAUUCCAUUAGCUGAGCCAAUUGCAAUACCUUGGCUUGUGUGUGUGUGUGUGUGUGUGUGUCUGUCUGUCUGUCUGUCUGUCCAUGUGUAGGGGAGGUAAAGGUUUGGCUCAUUGCACUGAUUAUCCUACAGGAAUCCUGACUAGGGUUAAGGCUUAUGGACCUCUUUCCCCUGAAUGUCCACCAUGUUCAUUACACCCCCCCCCACCACCAUUCUUAAGCGCACAAAUACACAUGCACACAUACACACGCACGCACACACACACCCCAGUCUGAUGCCAGGAUAUUGUUUAAGGCUCCACUUGCACUGAGGUCAUUCACCCAGCGCUAAACAAAUUUGUCAUGUUUAAAAACUAAGGUACACUGUUUAAGGUUGCUUUUUCCUAAAGUGAAACUAGGAUUAAAGAACAUUGCUUUUGGCAUUUGGCAGGCGUCCUUAUCCUGCACGACUUUGUUUAUCUAAUUUAUACAACUGAGCAGUUGAGGGUUUAGGGUCUUGCUCACCAGAGGCAGCUUAGUGAUCCUGGGAUUUAAAUUCAGAAGCUUCUGAUCAGUAAUCCAAUGCCUUAACCACUUCAGCUACCACUCCCAAUAAAUAUAAAGUGCCCCUGGAAAUACUGGAUAUACAAAUCUUUCAUGCAAACAGUGAAUGAAAUGUGCUAGGUAUAUGUGCUAUUCCAAUUACAGUGGCUACACAAAGGUUUGCUAGCAGAGAAGCAAAUGAUGUGUUAGUGUUUCAUCAUUUCAGAGUAUUUCUUUUUGUAAUGAUAGUGAGACUAUAACACUCCAGGUACUCAAACUAUCUGAAAUGAAACCCUCCAUUUAUAUAUCAUUUCGUGUCUUUUCACUCAAGUGACACUUAAUAUUUGUGGGCAAAUACUGUAAAUGUGUGAACAUUGUUUACUACAGAAAUAAAGAAUUCCCUGAUCUGUU